AGUGUGAGUGUGCGGCUCUGUACUAAAGGAUAUAUAUUACGAGAGGACUAGAAGACUCUCAGCCUCAGGCAAAGCAGUCAUCAUGGCAGACAAAGAGGAACAAAGGACAAAGAAGACCAAGAAUAGUCCAAGUUGCUUGGGAUAUCCUGUCAGUAUAUUUUUCAUUGUGGUGAAUGAGUUCUGUGAGCGAUUCUCCUACUAUGGCAUGAAAGCGGUGCUGGUGCUGUACUUCAAGUAUUUUAUCGGUUGGGACAAUGAUUUAUCCACCACUAUCUACCACACCUUUGUGGCUCUGUGCUACCUAACACCCAUCCUGGGGGCCAUCAUUGCAGACUCAUGGCUGGGCAAGUUCAAGACUAUCGUGUAUCUGUCCAUAGUAUACACCAUCGGCCAGGUGAUCAUGGCUAUCAGUGCCAUCCAUGAUAUCACAGAUACCAAUAGAGACGGUACACCAGACAACAUGACCUUCCAUACUGCCAUGUCCAUGCUGGGACUCAUGCUCAUUGCCUUGGGAACUGGAGGUAUUAAACCCUGUGUGGCAGCGUUUGGAGGAGAUCAGUUUGAAGAACAUCAGGAAAAACAAAGAAGUACUUUCUUUUCCAUAUUUUAUCUGUCCAUUAACGCUGGCAGUCUUCUCUCCACUCUCAUCACACCCAUCCUGAGAGCUCAAGAGUGUGGUAUCUACUCAAAGCAAAGUUGUUUCCCGCUGGCUUUUGGGGUCCCUGCCGCUCUCAUGGUGGUUGCCCUCAUUGUGUUCAUCGCAGGCCACAGCAUGUACAUUAUGGAAUCCCCCAAAGGCAACAUCCUGCUGCGAGUCAUGAAAUGCAUUGGAUUUGCGAUUAAGAACCGUUUCAAUCACCGCAGUAAGCAACACCCCAAGAGAGAGCACUGGAUGGACUGGGCGGAAGAGAAAUAUGAUAAACUCCUGAUCGCUCAGGUGAAGAUGGUGUUAAAGGUUCUGUUCCUCUAUAUCCCUCUGCCAAUGUUCUGGGCCUUAUUUGACCAGCAGGGCUCCCGUUGGACUCUUCAAGCCACCACCAUGGAUGGUAACUUUGGAGCGUUUAUAAUUCAGCCAGAUCAGAUGCAGAUUGUGAACCCCAUACUGAUUGUGAUAAUGGUGCCAAUCAUGGACUCUGCAGUGUAUCCACUUAUCAAGAAGUGCCAUAUUAAUUUCACGCCCCUGCGGAGGAUGACUGUUGGUAUGCUGCUGGCUGCAUUAGCAUUUGUGGCUGCUGCUCUUUUGCAGAUUCAAAUUGACCAAACAAUGCCUAACUUCCCAUCAAGCUCUCAAAUCCAGGUGAAGUUCCUGAACUUGGAGAACACAUCAGUUCCUGUUGAAGUGGAAGGGCAAGAACCGUUUGCUGUUCCUGGUUUUGAUUCUUCUAAUGAUUAUAUGACACUUGACACCGAGAACAUUACAGUCUCUGCUGGAGGAAAAAACGCUACAGCUUAUUUCCAGAAGAGCACAAGGCACACGGUUUUGAUAAAUACUGAUGGAAUGCUACAGACUCUUAAUGACAUAACCGAGAAACCAAACCAAGGCAUGAAUGCGAUCAGGUUUGUGAAUGGCUUUAGGUCUCAUCUGAACUUCACAAUAAAGUCUGAUAAUCUGGGUCCCAUCGCUCCCUUACAAGGAUCAGGCUACCUCAGUGUUCCCCACGGCAAAGCCAACUUUACUAUUGUGAAUGAAGAAGGACAGACGUGCCACUACAUCCUGCAGCUGGGCUUCGGAAGCUCCUACACAGUACUGAUCCCAAGCACCUUUAGUUUUGGAGAAUCUUGUACUGAGAACAUUAAAGCAAUCCAGGAUAUUAACCCGAACGACAUCCACAUGGCCUGGCAGGUUAUUCAGUACUUUUUGAUGACCUGCGGAGAAGUGGUCUUCUCUGUCACCGGCCUGGACUUCUCCUAUGCACAGGCACCAAGCAAUAUGAAGUCAGUGCUCCAGGCUGGUUGGCUGUUGACUGUUGCAGUGGGGAACAUCAUUGUGCUCAUCGUGGCUGAGGCAGGCUCACUUCCAGAUCAGUGGGCAGAAUACGUGUUGUUUGCAUCUCUACUGGUAGCUGUGAGUAUCAUCUUUGCAGUCAUGGCUUACUUCUACACCUACAUGGACCCAAUGGAAAUUGAGGCUAAAUUUAUGGACCUUGAGCCAGAAGAGAAGAAAAGGAAAGAGCUUGGAAUGACGACCAAAGACAAUUUGGCAUACGUAAACAACGAGACAUCAAAUAACACAGAUGACAAACAAACGAAGAUCUAGAUUCAUCACUUCUUUUUCUCUUGAUCUGUGGUUUCAAAUGUUUGUGUUCCCUAUACUAUCGAUCGAAGAACUGAUUCACCAUUUUUAUCAAAGCUGGGCUUGGGAUUUGUUAUGCAGUAGCACAAAUUCAACACAAUCCUAAAUCAGCCCAAGGAAAGCAAAUUCUACCUGAAACUGAAUGGUGUGUUUGGGACGACUACCAUGGGCAGAAGGUUUGGUAGAUUCAUAGAGUUUGAUAUGGUUAAGACCAGCGU